AUGGCUAGUGCAUUAACAUGGAGAAAUCUUCUUCUUCCUUUAGCCCUGACGUUGAGACUCAGGUCUGCCAUCUAUGUUGAGGGAAUGAGUUUGGAAAAGUGGUGUAAGGGUAAGGACAAUUAUGAGCAUCAUUCACAAGAAGAGGUCAGAGCUAAAAAGACGGCAGCUGAAACUUUUCUAUUGCCUUCAAAGUAUUUCCAAGAAGAAGAGAUGGAAUCUGAGGAAUUAAUGUCCUCUCCGCCAAAAGAAAAAGGAUGGAUGUACUCUUAUCUAUAUAAAUACCAAGGCUUCUGGUAUGGUGCUAAACAUCUUCAAGGAGCCAUUACAUGUCGAAAAAAAUUCCAUGCACAGGAUUCUGAUGUUCUUCUUAUUACCACUCCUAAAUCAGGAACUACAUGGUUGAAGGCAAUCGUUUUCACCUUAGUGAACCGAAGUCGAUAUCCUGUUAAGAAAAAUCAUCCUUUACUCAACAAGAAUCCUCAUGAUCUCGUGCCAUUCUUGGAAGCAAAUCUCUAUGAUAAUCAAAUCCCAGAUCAGUCAUCUUUAAGGCUUUUUACCGCUCAUUUACCCUAUCAUUCCCUGCCAAAAACAGUGCAAGAUUCUGCAUGCAAGAUUAUUUAUCUUUGUAGAAACCCGAAGGACACUUUUGUGUCCCUUUGGCACUUCGCAAACAAUGUAAAGCUCGAGGAGACUUGCACGAAUUCGCUCGAAGAGGCUUUUGACCUGUUUUGUAGAGGAGUUACUGUUUCACAGGCAUCUUACAGAAGUUUAAAAAACCGGCCGGUCCGAGACAAAUCAUUUGAAAUCGUGACUCUCAUCAACAAUAGUGCUCCUUCUACUCCUCCAUCUCCUUCCCGCGCAGCUGCUUCUCCUUCCCGCCCCAGCCCAUUUCUCCUUCUACUUCUCCUUCUCCUUCUCGCCCAGCUGAGCUCGACGGUGGUGCAGAUUCUCCUGAUUUCAAGUGUCGCGCGAGUUGGUCCUAGUCCUCCCCAUUUUGUUUACCUAGCUGAAAACGUGCACGAUACUAUGGACGGUACGAAUGAAGAUCCUUUACUGCAGCCCGAUUGUGUGAUAAUUGCGGACAGUAUGAACAGUUUAGAGGAUGACACGGUUGGAGAAGAUGGGGAGAAAGUGCCAGAGGAAAAUCCUUCCAACAUCGAUGGCAAUGGAUUUGAAGGGAUUUGA